GAUUGUUUACAAAGACUCGAUUCGUAAGUUGAAGGUAAUGUAAAUGGCCGAAUAUAUAACAGCGAAUAGAUGGAUAACCGGAGUUGCCACACACAAAACGAAAAGCGGACGAAUUUUGUGCACAGGAUUCGGUUGCAUUGGUUGUUUUCCACAAGAUUUCCCAGAAACCGCUUGUGAACUUGAAGUGUACGAUAGCCAAACUGGUCUGCUUUUUGCCGAAAGCUGGACCAAUGAACUUAGCAACGAAAGCGGUGCCAUAGAAACGACAAGCCAGCGAAUAAAACCUGCGAAACAAAAAUGUCAUUUUGAAAGAAAGAACCCGCGAAAUAACGAGUUUAAAACGGAACUACGUAUUCCGAACGGGGUCGCCACUGAUGAAAAUACACAAAGCGGAGAAUUCAAAAAGUUAUUUUUAACUGAAUGCGAGCAAGAAACGGAAGAAGGAAGUGAAACUCUUGUGGAAACAAAAGCAAUCAAGAAAGAGAAUUAUACAGAAAAAAUCGCCACCGCAACAGAUGACAAAGGUUUUAAAGAAAAAUGUCCUCUAAGUACAGAAAAGUUCACAAGGCAUACAAGCAGCUUUCACGCCGACAGGAAAGUUGUUGAGUGGGAGGAUUGCGUUUGUUUAUUCUUUGCUUUAGAAUAUAAUCACAAUUCGCGUCGGUUAUCCGACUUCAGUAUACUUGAAAUAGUUAACUCACUGACCACACGGAUGCAUCUGAAUGAAAUAAAAUGCGUUCAUCGUUUGAACGGGUUAUGGCACAUCGUGUUAAGGACUAGAGAACAUUUAAGAUAUUUGUUAACUAACGGCAUGACAAUCCGUGGUAAAUGCUAUAGAGUUGUACAAGGUAAUGGUUUAUAUUGUGAGAAAGUGUAUUAAAGCCACUCAGAUUGUGGGGCUUUGUAUUAUCACGACGUGAUUGGUUGUACAAGAGUGGGUAAUCUUCGCAGAUAAACAGAGAUUAAAACUGUCAAAUUUAAUAUGUAGGUUAUAUCCAUUUAUCACUCGAACUGUUUACAUUGUACAUAAAUCAAUAAAUGAAAGCACUUGUUUGUUUAGAGUCCAAUCGUUGCCAAAAAAAUCUGUAUUACGGACUUAAGCACUCAAGCUAGGAUUUUGGACUUGACUUGUAUCAUUGCCCUUUUCCAUUUAUGCGCAUUUUUGGAGGUAGACGAG